AUGCCGCCCCCUCACCUACCCUAUGAAAUGAAAACGGCAAUUGCAAAGUUUCUCACACGCAAACAAGACCUCAACGCACUGGCCCAAACUAGCCGAGAUUUCUAUCACGCCGUCAACCCUGUCCUUUACGAGAAAGCUGUCACCACACAUAGAUUAUCUAUUUUUAGGUGGGCUGCCAUGAACGGUCAAGUGUCGACCAUCCAGAUGCUUCUGGAGCACGGGGGCGAGGUUCCCCGGCCCGGUUCUUACGAGCUCCCUGAGUUUUACGAUACAGAUCACGUUGAAUACAAUCCUCGCCUAGAUGAGUUGAGGUAUGAUUACCGGUGGGCUCGCACCAUCACCUAUGCGGCAUAUAAUGGCCAUGUGGGGGUGGUUGAGUUAUAUCUUGACAAAAGAGGUGCCAGCCCAAAUCAUCGCGAUAGGGAUGGAUAUACGCUACUCCAUCACGCCGUUCUGAACAACCAUGACUCCUUAGUCCGAAUGCUCGUCGAAAGGGGUGCCUCUAUCAACCAUUGCAACGGUGAGGAUCAGACGCCACUUGUCGUCAAAGCCGCUGAAUUAGGAAACCUUGCAAUGGUCGAAUGCCUUCUGUCACCUACAAAGAAGAGAUACCCACGCAACUACCUAAAAUAUAUAUGUAGGGCAGUGCGCUCUGCCAUAUUCUCAAAGUCUGCGGUAGUUGUCGAGUUUCCGUUGAGUCAAGGUGCCCCUCUUGACAUUCCUGGCAAGGAAUUGUCGGGCGAUCCUUUCGCUGCAGCUUUCCUGAGCAACAAUAAGCGACUGCUCUCCUUGGUUCUUGAUCAUGGAGCCAAGGUGUCGGAUCGCCAAAGACUAGGUGUCUAUCGCAGGGCCGCCGAGGCAGAUUACGUAGAUAUGCUCAAGCUUGUGGUGGAAAAACGCCCUGGAUGGAGGUGCAAUUGA